AUGCCUGGCGUCGUCGAUGCCCCUGCCGGCUCUGCCUGGCAGGGACUGGGCUAUACCGUUGCGCACCAGAAGGUUGAGCUGGAGCUAGACUUUGCAAAUAAGAGCCUUAAGGGAAAAACUGAAAUUACGAUCCAUCCACACUACAAGGAGCUCCGUGUCAUUCGAUUAAAUUUCCGACAGGGCGAGAUUAGGCGCUUGAAUGUCUGUGGAAAGAUACCGUCAAUGAAAUAUGCGGAUCCCUACGAGUCGCUACAACUGUACGGUCCUCAUUAUCAUCAACGACUUGCUUCGAAAAUAGAUGGCUUGCUUAAGUCCCCGCCGGAGCCCGACCUGCUUGUGUCGGUCCCAAAGAGCGUUAGGAUUGAAGAACUUGAUCCUUUCUCGGUUGAGGCCCAAGACCAAAUGGCGCUCCGUGCAACUGGCGCUGCCGACGAUUCUGAAGGCCCUUUGAGCUCCAAAGCGCCAGAUACUACGCUUCCGCGGUUCACGGCAUUGACGGUCAACAUCGAUUUCACUAUUGACAAUAUAAAGGAUGGGUUGCAGUUCGUGGGAGUCGAGAAUGGGGACAGACGUUAUCCACAUGCCUUUACAACAAACUCGCUUGGAUAUGGGGCCGGUUGCCCUCUUUUCCCUUGUGUUGACGACCCUUCGUCACGUUGCACCUGGGAACUUUCUAUCAAAUGCCCCUGUUCGUUAGGGGAUGUGUUUGACCGCAAACCCCGCGAUCCAUCCGGCUCCGACGCUUCUGGACGCCCUAAACCGACGUCGAAUUUUGGUCGAUACAUAUCUCCGGAUGAUGAAGCCUUGGACCUACUUGUGGUUUGUUCUGGUGAUAUGACAGAUGAGAUUAUUGAUCCGAAAGAUACCAGCAAGAAGACAGUAUCCUUCGCAUGUACCUCGCCGCUCUCUGCCCAGCAAGUUGGAUUUGCUGUUGGCCCGUUCGAAUAUGUCAACCUUGCACAUUUCCGGGAGAGCGACCAAGAUGAGCAGCUUGGCCAGAAUGCCAUUCCUUUGCAUGCUUUUUGCCUUCCCGGGCGAGGUGAUGAACUCAGGAACACCUGCUUUCCGAUGGCGAAGGCGAUCGACUUCUUCUCCUUAUCAUAUGGGUCGUAUCCAUUUUCAAGUUACAAAAUGUGCUUUGUAGAUGAUACGCCCGAGGAGACGUUGUCGACAGCGUGCUUGUCAAUUUGCAGCAGUCAUCUCCUAUUUCCUGAAGAUAUUAUCGAUCCGAUGUACGACGCGACCCGUGCUCUAGUUUACGGCCUUGCGUCUCAGUGGAUCGGUGUAAACAUCGUUCCAAAGGCGUCAACUGAUACUUGGGUCACAGUAGGCGUCGCGUGGUUCAUCACAGAUACGUUUAUGAGGAAGCUUUGUGGGAAUAAUGAACAUCGCUUUCGACUAAAACAGAUGUCUGAUAGAGUGUGCGAGUUGGAUUAUGAGCGUCCCUCGAUAUUUGACAUGGGAAAUAUACUCCAACUUGACUCCUCCGAGAUUGAUUUCAUAGCGCUUAAGGCCCCUCUUGUGCUUUUCAUCCUCGACCGAAGGCUUACGAAAGCUAGUGGGAAGGCCACAAUGUCCCGCAUCAUUUCUCGGCUUUUUCUCAAUGCUCGAAUGGGCGAUAUCCCGAACGGGGCGGUAUCCACUAUGCUUUUUCAAAAGACCUGUGAACGACUAGGCCAUGCGAAACUGGACUCAUUCUUUCAGCAAUGGGUCUUUGGUGCUGGGUGUCCCCGCUUUCAGGCUACACAGAGGUUCAAUAAAAAGAAGCUUGUAGUGGAAAUGAUGAUAAAACAAGUGCAAUCAGAACAGCCCAGCACACGUGACCUGGACAGGAAUACAUUUAUGCGCGACGUCAAGGAGGAGAUUCGGGGUAUCUAUGCCGGUGUUGUUCAGCCGGUUUUUACCGGCUCCAUGACGAUUAGAAUCCACGAAGCUGAUGGCACACCUUAUGAACAUAUUGUCGAGAUUAAAGAAGGUGUCACCAAAUUCGAUAUCCCUUAUAACACCAAAUACAAGCGUUUGAAGCGGAACAAAAGGCAGAAAGAACGGGCCGCUGCUGCUUCGGGGGGUGAUCCUAAUGCAGAAGCACAAGAGGAUGUCUUGCUUUAUUGCUUGGGCGAUGUACUCCAGAGUGAGGAAGAAAUCCAAGAGUGGAAGCUGGCUGAUUGGAGCAAGGAAGACGAGGAGCGAAUGGGCCAGGAGUCUUACGAAUGGAUUCGCAUGGACGCGGAUUUCGAGUGGAUUUGCAAGCUUUCUUUGGUGAUGCCAGGUUAUAUGUACCUUUCGCAGCUCCAACAAGAUCGAGAUGUGAUAGCCCAAUUAGAGUCUCUACAAUAUAUGGCAGCCCAAAGAGAACACCCGUUGAUUUCCACGAUUUUUGUUCGAACCCUAAUGGACCGAAGGUACUUCUACGGAAUCCGUGUGGCCGCAGCAAAGGCCUUAAUUAAGCAUGCCAAGGAAGAAAUUAACUGGCUGGGGCUAUUCCACCUGGAACGAGCGUUCCAGGAAUUAUUCUGUCUGCCAGGAUCACCCAUGACCCGCUCAAAUGACUUUUCCGAUAGGGCUGCUUAUGUGCUUCAAUUGGUUAUCCCAGAUGCUAUCUCGAAAGUAAGAGAUAACAAUGGGAAAACACCGAUGCGCGUGAAGCGUUUUCUUUAUGACAAGCUGCGGUUUAAUGAUAAUUCCAACAACGAGUAUUCGGAUAACUAUUAUGUCGCGACACUUAUGCAGUCGCUUUGUCACGCGAUGCUAGGCAAAGUUGAGUCUCGCCCCCAUGAUCUGGAUGAUUUCGACAUGGAGGGGGUCCUUGAGUCUCAGGCUGAAGAGAGAUUGGAGAAAGACGCCAUUGCCGAAAUUGAUAGAUAUCGAAGAAUGGAUGAGUGGUCCAGCUCGUACCAGAACCUCUAUUCUCUUCCUGCCUUAUACCCGGCCGGCACUUAUGACCUCCUUCGCUUGGAGGCGUUUGAGUGUCUUGUGGAGACCGAUAUUUUCCAGAGCCCUGAACUCUUAAGAUGGUUCGUUUUUACCAUGUCGAGCGACUCUUCUUCUUGGCUUCGACGGCGGCUUCAUUACCUGUUUGGCAAGGCGCUUGCUCCUGUGGCUUUUGGUCGUGAAUCAGGCGAUAAGACCGCGGCUUCCGGGGACGGCUUAAUCAUUGAACAAGAAUCUUCCACCGAGGUCCGCCAGGCAGAUCUCGCGCGGAGGCAGACAGUCCCUGGAGCCAUAGAGGCACUUAAAGGUGAACUCAAAGGCGACCAACUCCUCAAGGAGUCAUUAUGGGCUGCGUGCAACUCUCCGUGCAUUGGCAUCCUGGAACUUUCCGAGUUUACUGAUCUCUGCCGCAUCUUGUAUGACCCGACCACUAGCAGGAUGGUUGCAUUGAAGUAUCCGCGGUAUUGGCAAGUGAAGAAUCUCGGCAAGGGACGUCUGCAUUUCACUCGCUCCAGCAAAUUCCGCACCUCACUUCCAUCAAAAGACGCAAAUCCUGCAAAACGCAAACGAGAAGAACCGGGCAUGCUCCCCCCUGCUCCUCGCAUCACAUUCAAGCAGUCAAAGCUUGGUCCAAGUACCCCGUCAGCACAUCCAAGUCCACGUCCGCAGCCGAUCACCAAGCUGCAAAUUCCGAAUCGAUCUUCCCCCGUACCUCAAGCGCCAUCCAGGACACCCGCCACUCCAACCACCCCAUCUACUCCGGGGGGUGGAGGGUUCAAAUUAAAAUUAAAAUUUGGCCAGAAGCCAAAAUAA